CCAACCGAAAAAGCUGGUUCAGUGUCAAAAUGCCAACCUUUUCUGUCAUCUAUAAAGGAGCUGUCAUCAUUAGCAGGACACUAAUGGGUCCAUAUAUUGUAGACCGAGCUGUUCAUUCCAUGGAGUUUACAGACUGUGAGAAUGGCCUGGGAAUUAAAGUGAUUGGUGGAGUGAAGGAGCAAACUGGAGGGGAAUUUGGAGUCUUUGUCAAACGGAUUUUACCAGGUGGCCUUGCUUCAAAUGAUGGAAAUCUGAUGCCAGGGGACCAGAUCUUGGAGGUAAAUGGGGACAGUCUCAAAGGAGUCACAAAUGAAAGAGCUGUGGAUAUAUUGAGAGCAGCCGCCUCAACCAAUCACAUGUACCUUCUCAUAGCCAGAGAUGAGGAAGCAAAGAGAGAAUUUACUGAACUGCUGAAAAAAUGUGGAUCCAAUGGUAGCAUGGGAUCAACCCACAGCUCUCCCAUUCAGCAAGGAGGUCGCUGCUUGGAUAGUACAUCAUCUGGUUCCUCAUCUUGUUCCCAGAGUCCUCUGUCGUUGAGCCCAGCAGGCUCUCAAAGCAUGUACAACAGUGGUCGCAUGCUGCACUCUCUCAGUCUCCCAGGUGAAGGAGUGAUUCAGCUUCUUUCAGUGGCACGAUCCACCAGUUUAGGGAUUACUAUUGGAGGAGGCUCCAACAGACCUGAUGGCCCUGCAGUCUUCAUCCAGGAGAUGUUGUCAGGAGGAGACUGUCAUCAGGAUGGAUGUCUGAGGCCUGGAGAUCAGCUCAUUGCCAUUAACAAGGAGUCCUUGAUAGGUGUGACCAAUGAGGAAGCCAAAAGCAUGCUGAACAAAGUCAAAUUCAGCCAUGACAACACUGUGGAAAUAGCCUUCAUUCCAGGUAAAGGACACUUUCCAAGCAGCACGUCUCUCCACAACAAAGUGCAGCAAGCUGUGGGCAACUCUGGGCGUUUAAAGGUCCACAUCACAUCACCUGAGAUCAGCUCCACAAUUUGUACAGAGGAGCUGGUCCCUGUGCCCUCACCUUCUCCUGAGAUCUGCCCACCAGAAAUUCACAUUUCAGAUUCAACCAGCCAGAGUUCACCAACAAAGGCCAGAAGAAAGAUAACACUGGACCCCUACAUCCGUCUAAAAUCAGACAAGUUAGACUUGGCCUUGUCCUUCCUUGGGUUGGAUGUCACUGAGGACAAAAAGAAAAAGUUGAGACAGAGUCUGACCACAGACCCACAAGACACUGUGGCCUAUGGAGACUUUGUGGAGGCCACCUGGAACAUCUUCCAGGAGAACCUGGAGGAGCUGGGUAUAGGGGAAGGUCCCUUUAUGUUCUCCUGUCAUGAGGCAGCCAGUCUGUUGGACACGUCAGCCUUCCAUUCACCUAGAUAUGAAUCAGAUAAUAGCUGCAGCAGUGAAGAGAUGGAACAGUUUCAGACAGAGGUGAAGCAGCUGCAAACCCAGAGGAAGCAGAUCAAGGUGAUUCUGAAAGACAUGGAGCACAGCAAAAGAACCCUGGAAAGGGAGCUGCAGAAGACCUCAGAAAAAGCGCGUUUGACCAUGGAGGAAAACACCCAUCUAAAGAGUCGUCUACAGGCAGCCGAGACCGAAGCUGUGCAGGGGCAGGCCAGCAGUGCUGAACAGGACUAUGAGGAAGUCAUCCAGCUGCUGGAGGCUGAGAUCAGAGACCUGAGAAAUCAGCUGGCCAGCAAGAGGCAAGCACAAGGAGUGGAGUCCACCAUGCAUUAGUGAGUGCACCAGAGGCAGUAUCAAUCCCAGCCGGGAGUCCCCAUCAUAUGUGAGCAAGAAAGAACCAAAGAGGACAGUGUGAGGGUCUGGGUAGGUUGAAGAGGCUGAACCCAUGACUGACUACAUCAUAGCCCAUUACAACCUCCAGUUUCUCAGUUCAAGGUCACAGACUGAAACAACACAGCCUGUGUUUAAAGCUUGCUCACAUUUACAUUACAUUAGUGUCUCCCUUAGAAAUAUUGAAGUCUUUCUGUGGGGUUCAUUGCUGAAUGUGUUGGGCUCAGCUGUGAACAGAGGACUUUCAUCAUUCAACAAUAUUAUGUACAGUAUCAGAAUAUCAGUGAGAGAUGCUCUGCCGAAUAAAGUCUGGUGGAAUUCUUUUAUGUGUUACUCUAACAGCAGAUGGUAUUGAAGGAGCAAUAUGACCAAGUCCACAGCUCACACAUCCUGCCGUAUGCUGGGUUAAUACUCUUCCUAGUCUUGUUUUUUAAGCCCCUAUACACACAUACGUUCAAUCCAGAGAUUGCAUGUAAAUAAAUCCUGAGCUGGUCUGUUCAAAGUGUCUUCCUCUAUGUCAUGAUAACUGACUCCCUCACAUUCUGUCACUUGUUUACUCUGGUACAAAGGUAAUGUAUUCCUGAGCAAAACGUUUUUUU